AUGAACCCUUGUGAACCUACACAUACGCCUUUCGCGGUGUUUGAUCCCCAGGCCCAAGAGCUCAAGCAGGCUCUGGAGCGGGCCGAAAAGGUCUCGUCGGAGCUCCGCGACGAGGUGUCAAGAAUGCGGGCGAAGGGGGAGCUGCUGCGCAUCGAGAAGGACAGUUCUUCGGCCCGGGUGACCCGCCUGGAAGAGGAAGGGAGGGAGAGGGAGACGGCCAGGAUGGCAGAGAAGGAAGAAGUGGGCACAUACCGCAAGGCGGUGAAGAAGAUGGCCAAGGAGCGGGAGGGACUCAAGGCCAGGGCCAAAGAGGCGGAGGAGCGAGCGAAGGAAGCAAUGUACGCCGCCCAGUGGGCAACGUUAGCCGAGUCAAAGAAGGACGCGGAGGAGGCCGUGGUUGUGGCGGCCACGAGGGAGGAGGCGUUUUUGUUGAGGGAGGCGGCAGCGGGAGAGCGUGCCGCCGCGGCUGAGGGGAUGGCGCGGCGGUGGGAAAAGAAGGCCGACGAGUUGGCAAUGGCUCUGAGCCAGAAGGUCGAAGAAGGGGCAGAGGCAACUAGGGCGAAGGUGGAAGCCGAGCGACAGUUGGACCAGGGAAAGAGGGCCUUGGCCGACGUCUCCGAGGCGAUGACUUCGUCCGAGAGAACUCUAACGACCGAGAAAGACCGGGCCUCUCGCGCCCAGGCCGUAGCGUCGGCCCUCCGCGCGGAGGUCGAAACGGGAAAGGCGGAGCUGUCCGCCCUCACGGAGACAGUGGCGCUGCUGGAGAGGCAGAAGAUGGAGGUGGAGCUGGGCAGAGGACGGGAGCUCGACAAGUCGAUGGCCUCACUGUCCCACGAGCUCGAGACCCUGCGAUCGUCCCUGUUCGAAGCGACGGGGGGCAAAUCCGCGGCAGAAGAGCGGGCCAGACAGCUCUCAGCGGCUCGGCAGGAGGCAGACGAUCGGUUGGAACGAGCGAUUCAAAAGGUUUCUGCCCUGGAAACCUCGAACGAUUUCCUGAGGGAGGAGCUCGCGGAGGCCCGGCAAGAGGCGGGGGUCGUGGAAGCGAGGCUGAAAGAAAGCCUCGCAGGGAGCGAGGUGAUAGUACAGACGCUCAUGACAUACAUGCCGCUAUUUAUUCACUUUUCCCUCCUCGCCGACCGACUGCUACAUCCAACACUACCGACAACUUCCCUUGGAGGACAGGCGCUCAACAAGAAGCUCUCGGCAGGGGAGCAGGAGGCCGGGGACCUCAAGGAAGGUCUGAGCAGAAGAGACGCGGAGGUGGCCGCACUCAAGGCGGAGAUUGCAAGAAAUGCCGCAGACAUGCAGGCCGAGGCCGAAAAGGCCGAGCAGGAGCUGAAUGCUGUCCGAGAGGAAGUGGCGGGCCUACAAGCGAGGUUGGAGUUACAGUCCAACGAGUCGGAGCAAGCACGGGAGCAGCUAGAGGCCCGACACGCCGAGGCAACUGACCGGGCAGCGCGGGAGCUGCGUGAGGUGUGUGCCGCUCAUGACUCGGAGAUGGCCAGCUCCAAGAGCGAGGCGAGUGAGCGGCAUCAAGGCAUCCUCGACGAGCACCGGCGGGAACUUGAAAAGCUCACUUCGAAGAUGGAGGAGCUGCGGGAGUCGAAGGAACGUGAGGCCGCGGAAAAGGACCUACAGCAUACAGCCGCCCUGAGAGAUGCGGCAGCCGCAGCGGCCGAGCGAGAACGACUGGCGGGAGAAGCGGCGGCUGUUGAUGCCGCCAGGGACGCGGAGGCCCUGCAGCGAUCGCGGGACGAGGAGGAGAAAAAUCGACGCGAGAGCCUGCUCCGCGAGCAGCGCGCGGCCCUGGAGCUGGCCUCCGGCACGGCGGAGAGGCUACUGCGGGAGGCGCUGGAAGCGCGGGGCCGGGAGGCCGAUCGCCUGCGCCAAGAGCUGGAGGAGGCAAGAGCCAGGCUAGAGAAGGGACGGGAGGCGGAGAGGGAGAAGGCCCAAGCCGCCGAGGUCGACGCGGCCCAGCGGGCGCUAAGGGAGGCGCUGGCGUCGCAGGCCAAGGAGGCCGAUCAAGAGCGGGAGAGGGCGUGCUUGGACCUCGCGGAAGCGGCGGAGCGGCGGCUCCAGAGGGCGGUCUCUGAGGUGACUCGGGAAGCGGAGCGAGCGGCUACAGAGGCGGCGGCGGCAGCGAGAGAGCGAGAGCUGCGGUUGGAGGCCGUGAGCAGAGAAACCCUGCGGACGGAGCUGGCGGAACAAAGGAGGCUGCUGGAGGAGGAGUUUUCGGAGAGGAAUGCGCGGGCGGAGGAGGAGCGGCGGGCGGCGGCGAGAGCGGCGGAGGAGGAGGCCGAAAGCCGGUUCACGGAGAGGGAAAGGGAGGCCUUGGAGAGGGUGGAGGGGGUGAGGGGAGCCGAGGCCGCCACGGCAAACAAGCAGCUUCGCGCCCUUAGCAGGAAAGUGGUCCAGCUGGAAUCGGCGAAAAAUGAGGUGGAGGGAGCCUCCCAGCGGGAGUCGGAACGUUUGAGAGCCGCGCUAGCUGCUGUAGAACAGAGAUCGAAGGAGGCCGAAGAUCGCGAGAUCGUUGCACUAACGGCUAGGGACGAGGCUUUCUCGGUGGCCAAGGAGGAAAGGGGAGAAAAAGAAAAGGCUCAGAAGGCGCUGAGGGCCUUCCGAGAGGAGGCUGCGAGGGAAGGGGAAGCGGUUACGGAGGCGCUAAGGGCAUCGCGAGAGCAGGCCGAGAAAGCCAAGCAAGAAACGAAGGCCGCGGAGGAACUAGCCAGGGUCGCUCGAGAGAACGCUGCCGAGGAAAAGAAGACCGCCACGGAGGCGUUAAGGGCAUCCCGAGAUGAGGCCGCGAGACAGAAAGAAGCGGCGAAGGAGGCGCUGCGGGUCUCCCUAGAGCAGGCCGAGACGGAGAUUGUUGACAAGGAGGCGCUGAGAUCCUCUCGGGAGAAUGCCGAGAGGAAACGGGAAGAGGCUGAGGAGGCGCUGAGGGUCGCUCGAGAGGAGGCCGAGACGGCGAAGGAAGAAAAAAAGGCUGCGGAGGAAUCGGCCCGGGUCUCUCUGGAGAAGGCGGCUAAAGAUAAUGAAGCCCUCAAGGAGGCGCUAAGGGUCUGUCGAGAGGAGGCCGAGACAGCGAAAGCGGGAAAGAAGGCCGCGGAGGAAUCGCUUGGGGUUGCUAAGGAGGAGGCCGAGAGGGCCCGGGCGUCCGUGAGGCAGGAACUCGAUUCUUCCCUGGAAGAGGCCUCGGCGCUACGGGCAGGUUUCACAGAGGCUGAGAACCGGUUCAACGAUGCCGCUGGGGCGGCGGAGGCGACUUGGGAGGAGCUGCCUUCGGAACAGAGGGAGGCCUUCGUGGAGAGGGAGGAAGAUCUGCAGCGCCGCGUCCGGGAACUCCAGGAGGAAGCCAUCGCAGCGGCGACCGAGCACGAGGCAGCACUGACCGGGGAAAGAGCGGCCGGCCUCCAAAACCUGCAGUUGGAAAAGGUGAUGACAUGA